AUGGAGCAAGAAAGCGAAAAGGAGCAAGAGUUAGAAGGCAACAUUAGUAACUAUCAGAUUCAACGGGAGAUUGAAAGCUACGAGAAAGAAUUAGAAAUUGCAAAAGAACAGAAAGAUCAAGAUCAAGAGACAAGGGCAUACCUUGGGUUAGGACAUGUUUAUAAAUUGAACAAUCAGUUUCAAACGGCAAUUAAACACUAUGAGCAAGCCUUGGAAAUUGCAAAAGAACGAAAAGAUCAAGAUCAAGAGGCGACAGCAUGCCUUAACUUAGGGGCUGUUCACAGAUUGAACAAUCAGUUUCAAACGGCAAUUAAAUACUAUAAGCAAGCCUUGGAAAUUCAAAAAAAACAAAAAGAUCAAGAGACAAUGGCAUACUUUGGCUUAGAAGUGCUUACAGAUUGACGAAUCAGUUUCAAAAGGCAAUUGAAUACUAUGAGCAAGCCUUGGAAAUUGCAAAAGAACGAAAACAUGAAGAUCAGGAGACAACGGCGUACCUUAAGUUAGGACAAGCUUAUAGAUUGAACAAUCAGUUUCAAACGGCAAUUAAAUACUAUAAGCGAGCCUUGGAAAUUGCGAAAGGCCGAAAAGAUAUAGAGGCAACGGCAUAUCUUGGGCUGGGAAAAGCUUAUAAAAUGAACAAUCAGAUUCCAACGGCAAUUAAAUACUACGAAAUGGCCUUGAAAACUGCGAAGGAACUAGAAAAUGAACGUAAUGGGAAUAUUGCAAGAAAUGCAAUUGAAGAAUUGUCAAGAAAUGCAGGUAUGUUUACAGUUUAGGCAUUCGAAUGUCCAGCUUAGUAAGCCCAUAUUCCAUCUGGUUAUUUACAAAAAUAAAAUUUCAAUCUUGCAAUUAAUGAUGCAAUUUUCAAACUUUCUGCAAUCAACAAAAAUGUGUUCGGUUCAAGUGAAAACUUGAAAAGUUAACCGACAAGAGAUUAUCUUAAAGUUAGUAUGAAUUAUUUAAGAAGCGCUAUAAGGGGUAACUCAGUAUAUUAUAAUCCCAAAGUUGAGCCCGAGUUCAGCAAACCGUCGAAUGCAGCUGCCCAUGGACAUCUUGAGUAACGUUUUAUAGCUUCGCUAAAUAUAACAAUUUUCAUACACGCAAAUAUAUACAUGCACUAAAUUCAUGCAAUGCAAAGGUCGGGACACAACAACAGCUUAAAUCAAUGCAAUUACUGCGACCCAGUCUGUGGGCCCAUAUGUUGACACAAAGGCGUUUAAAGUGCCUAUAUCACUUGUAGGACCUUUAUGGAUUUGAACAGAGCGUAAAAAGUUAGUUAAUAAGUUCAAAAGAUUUUUUUGAUUUAGUGCAAUAAUUUCGAAGAUACAGGCCUCUAAACUUCCUACAGUUCCCGAGUCCCAGGCUCCUAUGCACAAUGGACCGUUUGGAAAAAGGCCAAAUUCAAUAGCCGUGUUUAGAGGGACUCAAAAACAGUCCGUUGUUUAAAGGCCUGUAUCCUCAAAACUAUUGCAUUAAAUCAAAAAAAUCUUUUCAACUUAUUAACUAACUUUUUACGCUCUUCUCAAAUCCAUAAAGAUCCCACAAGUGAUAUAGGCACUUUAAUAUUUGCCUGGAGUAUUUUUGGCGUUCUUUCUGGCUGCGUUGCUCUCUCUUUUACUUUCAAAUCGCUGGAAUAAUAUUAUGAUGACUGUAAUUUGAUUCCUUAGAUUUAGAUGCAGUCGAUGAUGAUUAUAACACUAAUAGCAUUUAAAACUCUAAUUUAUCAGACGACGCUCAACUUCAUGAUGAAACUGUUGAUAAUGUGGAACAAACAGGCAUCGAAAAUGGAAGUAUCACUGACGAUAGAAUUGCGUCUGCCAAACAAUUAUUAAUCUUGGGACGUUCUUGCCAAACGGAAGGCCGAAGUGAGGAGGCUAUCAAAAGCUACAAACAAGCAAUUCAAAUUGUGGAUGAAGUAGAUCACAAUGACAUCAAAGCAAAAGCUUAUCAAUUGUUGGGAAAUGCAUUUACUGGAACUUCCGAAUAUAUAAAAGCAAUCGAGUAUUAUCAGAAAGCACGUCAACUAUAUCGAGUCCUCGAGGGAGAUGAGUCGGAAGUAACAGCAUAUCAAUGGUUAGGUUACAACCACCUGCAAGCUGGUCAGUAUAAAGAAUCCAUAGCGUAUUACAAAGAAGUGGUACAACUUGCCUCACAGCUUGGAGACAAAAAAGAUCGCUUACAGUUAACGCUUACCUAG